AUCAGGGGCAUUCUGACUCGGGAUAUUUGAGACCCUGCUCUUACAGGAAUCAAUCUGUGCACGACGCAAAGCCUGAAUGAGAUCUCUCUUUUUCGGCUCCACUUUUAGCCCGCUGCACAAGCUACACACCAAUUAGCUCUAAACUACUGUUAGUUAUAGCAAAGAAGGGGUGUGAGGAAGAAGAGGAGGAGGAGGGGGACUAUACCUCUAACCCAUCUUCACCGGUCAAACCUCGCGCGUCCUUCUGGUCGUUUUUCUUUCCUUCCUUCUUUUCCACUUUGAAUGAUGCUGCUUUCCGUGCCGCCCUGAAAGAAACACAUACCCGAGGAAGAGGAAUAGGAGGAGGAGGAGGAGGAGAAGAAGAACAGCCCGGGAAAUACUUUAUUCUAGGCCUGCACCGAGGUGGUGGAAACCGGGCCGGCUCUCACUUCUGGCCGCAUGACAAACAAGUGCAUGGGAGUAGCCUGCAGGGCCCGGCGUUAGACUCACGACCGGUCCUCCGCGCCGCCGCCACGCCGCCGCCUGGGAUGUGCGUGACGGCGUUACGCACAGGAGCGACCGCCGUCUUCAUCCGCCUCACCGCAGGCGUGUAGAGUUUCACCUCAGGGGAAAAAGGAUGAGCAGCAAGGAGCUGACGGUGGGCCCGUCCAACCAGUACGUGGGGCCCUACCAGCUGGAGAAGACCCUCGGGAAGGGACAGACAGGGCUGGUGAAGUUGGGCGUCCACUGCAUAACCGGACAGAAGGUGGCCAUCAAGAUCGUCAACAGGGAGAAGCUCUCCGAAUCGGUUCUAAUGAAGGUGGAAAGAGAAAUAGCUAUUCUUAAACUAAUAGAGCACCCUCAUGUUCUGAAGCUGCAUGACGUCUAUGAGAAUAACAAAUACCUGUACCUGGUUUUGGAGCACGUGUCCGGCGGAGAGUUAUUCGACUACCUGGUGAAGAAGGGCAGGCUGACCCCCAAAGAGGCCAGGAAGUUCUUCAGACAAAUCAUCUCCGCCCUCGACUUCUGCCACAAUCACUCCAUAUGUCACAGAGACCUGAAGCCAGAGAAUCUUCUCCUGGAUGAGAAGAAUAACAUCAGGAUAGCAGACUUCGGCAUGGCCUCGCUACAAGUUGGGGACAGCCUGUUGGAAACCAGUUGUGGAUCCCCACAUUAUGCUUGCCCAGAGGUCAUAAGGGGAGAGAAGUAUGACGGUCGCAGAGCCGAUGUCUGGAGCUGUGGAGUCAUCCUCUUUGCUCUUCUUGUCGGUGCCUUGCCCUUCGACCAUGAUAACCUGCGGCAGCUUCUAGAGAAAGUGAAGAGCGGGGUUUUCCACAUGCCCCACUUUAUACCUCCUGACUGUCAGGCUUUGCUGAAAGGAAUGAUUGAAGUCAACCCUGACAAGAGACUCACGCUAGAAGCAAUACAAAAACACGCCUGGUACCAGAGUGGCCGUAAUGAGCCUUGCCCCGAGCAGCCGGCGCCUCGCCGCGUGUGUGUGAAGAGGAUCCUGUCCUUGACGGACCUGGACCCGGAUGUCCUGGAUAGCAUGUCCUCCUUAGGGUGCUUCAAAGACCGGGUCAAACUCACACAGGACCUUACAAGUGAGGAGGAGAACCAGGAGAAGAUGAUCUACUACCUCCUGUUGGACAGAAAGGAGCGAUACCCCAGCUGUGAAGACGAGGAUCUGCCCACUAGAAAUGACCUCGACCCGCCCAGGAAGCGGGUGGACUCGCCCAUGCUGACGCGUCAUGGUCGCUGUCGUCCAGAAAGGAAGAGCCUGGAGGUCCUCAGUGUCACAGACCAGGGGUCUCCCACCCCACCUCGCAGGGCCCUGGAUACUAACGCACACAGCCAGAGGUCUCGCUCAGUCAGUGGAGCGUCCACAGGUCUGUCGUCCAGUCCUCUCAGCAGCCCCCGGAGCCCGGUCUUCACUUUCAACCAAUCAGAAGUUGCCUCCGCUUCCUCCUCCAAAGACCCCAAAGCAGGAAGCGGCACCGCGUCUCGGCCCAUCCACCCACCGCCCGACCCAAAAACACAGACCCUGCCCACCAAGGGCCAAGCCGACCGGCUCCACCUCCACUCCAUUAAGUCCCUCCCCCUCCAGACCCCACGCUCCCCUUCCCCCUCCCCCUCGCCACUCCUUUCCCCCAUCCCACGCUUCUUCAACUUCCCGUCUCCGUCCGUCUUCAAGUCCAAGAACGUCCACUCGGCCUCUAACUCCUCUGCCGCCCCCCCCCCUGUGUCGCAGGUCACGCCACAGGGCUCGCCGCUGCCCACCCCGCUGGGCACGCCUGUGCACCAGAUCCACCACCCUUCCUCCACCACCCCUCCCUCCUCCUCCUCCUCUUCCUCCUCUUCCAGGGCGGACGGGGCCGGCGGGGCCUCGCUGUCGCUGACGCCGCCGUCCAGCCCCGGCGGCAGCGGCAGUCUGGCCGCCUCGAGCUCCACCCACUGGAGGACGAGGCUCAACUCGUUCAAGAACAACCUCCUGGGCUCGCCGCGCUUCCAUCGGCGCAAACUGCAAGUCCCCACAUCAGAGGACAUGUCCAGUUUGACGCCAGAAUCCAGUCCAGAGCUGGCGAAGAAGUCCUGGUUCGGCAACUUCAUCAGCCUGGAGAAAGAGGAGCAGAUCUUCGUCAUGAUUCAGGACAAGCCGCUCAGCUCCAUCAAGGCGGACAUCGUCCACGCCUUUCUCUCGAUCCCGUCCCUCAGCCACAGCGUGGUGUCUCAGAACAGUUUCCGGGCAGAGUACAAGUCCUCCGGCGGCCCCUCUGUGUUCCAGAAGCCUGUCAAGUUCAAUGUGGACAUCGCCUUCUCCGAGGGAGAGAGGGAGCGAGAGAGGGAGCGAGUGGAGAGGGAGGCAAGACGAGAGAGGGGCAUCUACAGCGUCACCUUCACCCUAAUAACAGGUCCCAGUCGCAGAUUCAAAAGAGUGGUGGAAACCAUUCAGGCUCAGCUCCUGAGUACUCACGAUCAGCCUUCUGUGCAGGCACUGGCUGGCCCCUCAGACGAGAAGAACGGCCGGCUCGCCCGCCAGCCCAGCACGCCCUCGCGUCAGAACUCUCGGCGCUCCGAGAGCGGUUCGGAGCGGGAGCGGAGCGAGAAGGAGCGAGCGCCGGACCCUGGGGGCGGGAGUCGGGGCGGCGGGGUUGGCGUUGGUGGUGGCGCCGGCGAGAACGGGGGCACCUUGCAGAGGCGGGGCUCGGGGAAGGACAAGACCAGACUCCUCUCGUCGUCCAACGGGACGCAGUCCCAUCCCUGAUAAGGAAUGUCGUGUGGAAGAGAGGUCGAGGGUCAUCUGCCUGGCCUUUUUCCUCUUCCCUCCCUCAAUCCUUCCCACAUUCUUUCCUUCCCUAUUUCCUUACCUCCUGCCUUGCUUCCUACCAUUAUUCCUAAAGCUAAGGGACGGAGGACGGGGAAAGUUCUUCCCUGAAGCUGAUACGAUGGAGAAUCUCCCCCACAAACGACUGAUAUUUUUGCAGAAAUGCGUAGGCCUACUUGUGGGGGUGGCGGAGGCCGGUUCAGCUGAUCUCAAAUCAGUCUUCAAAGGUCAAAGGGCAGCUCCACCCCGGAAGGGUGGAGGAGGGGGGGACCGGCCCGAGGACAGGCUGCCCCACCUGACCAGAGAAAUGCAGGAAAAGGCGCUCACGGGCAGGAAAAACAUGUUGUCCAAUCAAUUCAACAGAUCCAGAAAGCACAGGACGUCAACAUCGACCAACACAGGACUCAGAAAUCACAACAGGAAACCUCCACUCGGUAGUCACGGCUCAGGGAGACACUGGCCAAUGACGGGGCCCCUUGAGUCAUUUUCUUUUAUCAUUUUCUGAGCAGGCAACAAUCACGUGGAUCGUCACCUCAGCGCCACCUGACCCCACAUGUCGAGUCACAUGACCAGGAAGUCCCGCUCUCCCCUCUUCUCCCCUCUGUCCGGCUGAAGUGCGUGAGAGUGUGUGCUCUCAACGCAACGAAAUGAGGACAACCUUAUCACAGCGUCGCAGGAGGGGUCUUGAUUUAGACUUGAUUGUUGAAAAGGAUUUUUUUUCCUUCCGUUUGCUGAUUAGCUAACGUAAUGCCGCAACACCUCAAGGCGCCUUGAGGGCAGCGAAGGGAGCGACUGAGAAGAAGACCCGACGCGGCAUAAAGCGUAGCCUGACGCGAGACGGGCAGCGCAGCUUCCCCCCUCCCCCGAGUGUUUGAGAGGCAUCAACCCCCACAAGUUAUUUCCCAAUUACACAGAUAAAGCUAUGAUACCGCGUUGCCUUUAAUGGAGGAGAGAAUGUGGAUAGCUAGUUAGAUUUAGCCCCAUUUUGAGGACACUAGUCGCACCACAGGUAGAAUGUCUCUUGAGGGAAAAGUCCCACCGGAGGACAGGGAGCCGAACAGAUAGAUUGAGACUGAACUAGCAACAGGUAUCCGUUUGGUAGCAGAGGAAGGACAAACGAAAAAGAAGAAGAAAAAAAAUAGCAUCUUAAGCUAACGUAGAGAUGGCAGUGAAAAAACGAACAAAAAAACCUCUUCAAGUCCUUGAAAUGACAGUAAUUGAAGGUGAAGUGGAAUUAGGGUAAAGAGGCAAACAGGACAUCCAAGCUUUUUAGACCCACGGGUAGGGAACUAAAAACUCUUCUGAUGUUCCUUUAGGUUUGACAAUGGACGCAGGAGGACGCAGGGCGACGCCUGAGCCCCACGCUAACGCUUCUGUCUGCCUCUCUGAAGGGAGAGAGACGGUGGAGUUGAACAAAUUCUGUACUUUUUCACAAGUGGGAAAAGUCUAUCCCAAAGAAAGACAAAAAGGACUUUGGCGUGUCUGUUGUCAUA